AUGAGUAACUUGAAAUUAGUCUCCAAGAGUUCGUAUUUCAUGAUAGAAAAUAUUCUCCGUAGUACGCAUAAUCCUCAGGACGGAACGCUGACCUACGAAUGUCCCUCUACUCCAAAUGAAAAUCAACAGAUCUCUUCAAACGCUACUAGUUGUGCUUCAGAAUUCAAAGUUCCUUCCAAGGCAAAAGCUACAAGAGCCUAUCCCUCAGCUCCACAAAAGAAACUCCUACUAGAAGCUUUCUCCAUUGAACCUUAUCCAAGCAAAGAGCAGAUGACCCAGAUUGCAGGCUACCUUGGUUUCAAUUUUGAGAAAGUCAGACGAUGGUUCGAAAACCGAAGGAAAACAGAAAAGAGACGACAAUCCAUUAAGCUCCGUAAACUCGAUGACCUGGCCAGUAACCUUUCGUCACCAAGGCAACAUGUUAGUCAAGCCCAGCCUGUCCGUAGCUGCAGUUACUAUGGUAACCAAGUAUGUACUCCAGUUCCCUAUCCUAGUGCGACGACGUGUAGAAAUUAUGGUCUAGUACAAAGAAGUUAUAUUCGUCCUAUGCCUCUAUAUCGACGCGCAGUACAAACAUGCCGAGUGGAGCCUGCAUCCAAGCAUAUGGCACCUGCUUACGAACUGACGCAUGCUUCUCAGCACCUGCCGCUGACCCAGAGGAAUGCAUUGCCUUCAAGUUCACUUCGACCUGUUUUAUAUAGUUAUAAAACUCCAGUUGUAUAUCGAUUCCAAGUUUGA